AUGACACACUAUCUGAACGACGAGAUGACCGCUAUCAACCAGGAAUUAACGGUGAGACGGCCUGUCUAUCGACAGGAAGAGCUCGACGACUUGUGCAAAUACGCCAAGCCGAAAGGAACGCUUCUGAAGAAAAUCUCAGCGAGAUGUAAGGAAAUAAGACCUAUGAGGAUCGCGAGGAAUUGCCUGCCACUGAUCGACUGGAUAUCGACGUAUAAUUGGAAAAAAAAUGUAACGGGUGACCUCGUUGCUGGAAUCACCGUGGCGGUGAUGCACAUUCCGCAAGGAAUGGCAUACGCAAUACUGGGGAACGUGCCACCCAUAGUGGGUAUAUACAUGGCUUUCUUUCCCGUGUUAGUUUACUUUUUCCUUGGUACAUCGAGGCACAAUUCAAUGGGUACGUUCGCCCUGGUGUGCAUGAUGACGGGAAAGGUGGUCGCGACUUAUAGCACGCAGGAGCAAUUGGCCAAGAACGGGACGACGAGCGGCGAACCUGGGAUCGCGAUGGUUGAUCGAUACACCCCCGUACAAGUUGCCACCGUAGUCACGUUCACCGUCGCUCUCGUUCAGUUAACGAUGUAUUUGUUGCGGCUGGGAAUGAUCGUGUCGCUUCUGGCGGACAGUCUCAUCAGCGGGUUCAUCACUGGCUCGGCUAUCCACGUGUUCACGUCGCAAGUAAAGGACAUUUUAGGUUUAAGGAAUUUGCCUGAUCGCAGGGGACCGUUCAAAUUAAUUCAGAUUUACGUAGACGUGGUCAACAACUUGGAAUCGUUCAACGGCGUCGCUCUUCUGCUCUCUUCGGUCACUAUUCUGAUUCUCGUUGUCAACAACGCUUUGAAAUCAAGGAUCGAGAAGUUGAUUCCGUUUCCAAUUCCCAUAGAAAUGAUAGCAAUCGUUAUCGGUACGAUACUUUCCGUGUACCUGAAUCUCGCGGAUGUUCACGGAAUCGCGGUGGUCGGCGACAUCCCAGUCGGUUUACCGGCUCCGUCCUUGCCCCCUUUGUCACUGGUGCCGAACGUUCUACUGGACAGCCUCGUGAUCACCAUGGUGUCCUACGCCGUAUCCAUGUCCAUGGCACUGAUCUUCGCACGGAAGCUCGACUACGAGAUCGACUCCAAUCAGGAACUCAUGGCACAGGGCAUUGGAAAUCUAGUCGGAUCCUUCUUCUCUUGCAUGCCGUUCACAGCUUCGCUCUCUAGAUCCUUGAUCCAGCAGACCGUCGGCGGAAAAACCCAACUGGCCAGUUUGAUAUCUUGCGGACUUCUGGUCAGUGUUUUACUCUGGAUAGGACCGUACUUCGAGCCAUUACCACGGUGCGUUCUAGCUAGCAUCAUUGUAGUGGCUUUGCAAGGGAUGCUGAAGAAAAUAACGGAGUUCCACAGAUUUUGGAAGCUGGACAAAUCGGACGGAGUCAUUUGGGCGGUGACUUUCCUCUCUGUAAUCCUUCUGGACGUGGAAUACGGUCUUUUAAUCGGGAUCCUGUUCUGUAUCGGCAAACUCGUCCUCUUCGCCGUUCGCCCUUACACUUGUUCCCUCGCUCUAGUACCUGGGACCGAGCUCUAUCUGGAUACCGAUAGAUACAAAGGCACGAUCGAUCAACCGGCUAUCAAGAUCUUUCACUAUUCGGGAAGCUUGAACUUUGCCUGUCGACAACGCUUCCGCGACGAUGUCUACAAAGUAGCCGGUCUGGUACCGAGAAAGCGGUCGAAUGGAAACUUUAAACACGACGAACUCGAGGAGAUUAAGAAGUUGAGGGUACUGAUAUUGGACUUUAGCGCGUUAAGUCACAUAGAUCUGGCGGGUGCUACCGCUUUAGGAAACUUGAUCAACGAGUACUGCGAAAUUGAUAUUUCGGUGUAUAUUUCUGGGUGUUCCGGACCCGUCCACGAGAUGAUGAGGAAGUGCAACUUAUUGGAAUAUAAAGCUAAUUUAUUCGCGGUCUUCCCUACCGUAGCAGACGCGGUUCAUUUCGCGAAAUGCAUCCCGGAACCAUCGGAUGUAACGGUCUGGAACUCAUCUACGCUCGAGAAUGCCGCGAGGCUGUGAUCACUACCUACUUUCUUUACUCUUUUAACUUUGCUCUCUGCGAGCGGAAAAAGACUUUUGGAGAUCAAAGAAAGGACAUCGCAAUGACCAAAUAUAUUCGUAAUACAGAAAACUAAACAGUCAUAUGGUUAUUCUUUUCCAAUCAUGUAUUCCCCCCUCGUAUUCACUACCACUCGAACUUUGAAACUCGAGAAUAUUU